AGGGGCGGUAAUACACUGUUGCCGACCGGAAUAAGUUUCUCGCGAGAAUUCAAGAUUUUGUCCUUGCUAAAUCCGACAUGGGGUACUGGGACAUACCGGAGGGCACAGACUGUGUCCAGAAAACAUGGAUUGUUACCAAACUAGGGACAGCUUUGGGCCUGGUUGGUUCAGCCUACCACAUUGUGGUAUUCAAUCCUGAUUCUGCACUGGAAGCGCUACAGAGGACUACCAAAGCAACUGUUACCAUGGCCACCAUGGGAGCCAUUUUCAGCAUGGCGACUUGUCUAAGUGCGCAGGCUCGUGAAGCCCCAGAAGACCCUGUGAAUUACUUCAUUGGGGGCUGUGCCACUGGGGUCUUCCUGGGAGCCAGAACCCACAGUGCUAUGACCGGUACGUCAGCGUGUCUGUGUCUGGGUACAUUGGCCUUCUUCACAAAAGUUGGCAAGAUGGAGGGAUGGAAGCUCGUUUGAGCGCCCAAACUAUGAGAGGAAGGUGGCUGAACAUUUAACUGUGUGUUGUAAAAAGAGUUCAUGUAAUAAAGUUUUUGGGAAUAUGACAGAAUAAACUCUGUCAGUUGUU